AUGGAUGGGCGUCGACAACUCGCGUUUGGGCUAUCGCUCGUGCGGGGGUAUGCGUCUAAAUACCCUCGCCCAAAACCAGGGACGUCAGAACGACCAGCAUAUCACCCACGAGAUCCACUGGUCAACAAUCCCAAAGCCGUGGUUGUACCUUUAGCGGACGAGAACCUCACAUUCAUUCACCGUCCACCCCCAACCGCACCAUCACCGAUUUCUUUAACAACGUCACCUAUAUCCGCACUACUUCGCCCUCCCACUGCGGCUCAGGAUGUUCCACUCCCACCUCUGCUGCGACGUACGCCGGAAAAGGAAGAGACACCCAUUUCUAAAAAAGCUAUUCUCAAGAUGCAGCAACUCCGAGCAUCCAAUCCCACGGUGUAUUCUGGUCAAAAGCUCGCAAAGAUGUUCAAUUGUUCAAGAGGGUUCGUGACGGUCGUGACACGGCUAAAAACCGCACAACGGACUACGAUGCGGAAGGAACUAGAAGCGCAACACGCAGAAAGACGAGAGAAGUGGAGUGAGAGGCAUUCAAUUGUGAAGGCUGUUCGUAAGAAGAGACGGGAACUGUGGUAA